UGAGAAGUGUGCAGAGGUUAUAAGAAGGGAGGGCGUCAGCCUGAAGGACGUCAUGAUGUAAUUACUGCGGGUGUUGACCGCUGACACUGGAACUUUGUGUUGAAGUUGGGUGCUGAUGUGGCAGGUAUAGGGUGAGGCCCAUGUAGGGGAAACAGACAACUGCCUGUUCUUCAACUCUGCAAACCUGAGGCUUGUCACAGACAUAGCACAUGUUUUGUAACAUCCAAGACUAGAGAAUGGAUAAACUUAGCCAGUCGGGCCGGACUGUGGAUAUAGUACAGCUUGUCAGUGAAAUUCCUGCUGAAAUAGAGGAACCUCCAGAACAGUCAACAGGCUUUUUUGAUCGCUUCCUUGCCCCUCCCAAACGUGUGAGGAGAGCCUCCUCUCCUGCCAGGCUGUCAAGUUCAGACAGGACUGAAAGGAUCCUGGAGGCUGACAGUAAGUCACUGAAGUCACUGUCAGACUCAUCUCCGCGAGGCUCCAGGACCAGCCUGGUGUCCAGUGAUUCUGUCAACAGUAACCUGAACAACUAUGGUGCAUCCGAGGACAUGACGGAGUCAGGAGGGGACAGAACUCCUACUGAGGAGGAUACCUGGGUCGUCUGGGGAGACAUUGUUAAUGACUGGGAGGAGUUUACCAAGCGGAAACCAAAGUUCCUGAAGAAUCUAGUGCGGAGAGGUAUUCCCCACCACUUCAGAGGUAUUGCAUGGCAGCUGCUGUGUAACGCCCACCAGUCACCGCUCAAGGAGGAAUAUGCCGAGUACCUGAAGGCCACAUCGCCCUGUGAGAAGGUUAUAAGGAGAGAUAUUGCCCGCACAUAUCCCGAACAUGAAUUCUUCAGAGAAAAGGAUGGUCUUGGACAAGAGACACUGUUUAAUGUCAUGAAGGCCUAUUCUCUCCAUGACAGGGAGGUUGGGUACUGCCAAGGGAGUGGCUUCAUUGUGGGACUUUUACUUAUGCAGAUGCCUGAAGAGGAGACGUUCUGUGUGCUGGUACAUCUGAUGCAGGACUAUCGCCUGCGAGAGUUGUUCAAACCCAGCAUGGCCGAGCUGGGCCUGUGUAUGUUCCAGUUGGAAUGUAUGGUGCAGGAACUGUUACCAGAUCUGCACAUCCACUUCCAGACGCAGUGCUUCCACACCUCCAUGUACGCCUCCUCCUGGUUUCUCACACUGUUCGCCACAGUUUUCCCCCUGCAGGUGGCCUGUAGAGUCAUGGACCUCUUCAUGUCUGAGGGUAUGGAGAUUGUGUUUAGGUUGGGGAUUGCACUGCUGCAGGCUAGUAAGUCUGACCUGAUGCAGCUGGACAUGGAAGGAAUGCUCAAGUAUUUCCAGAAGGAGAUUCCUCUGAUGAUGCAAAAGGACCCAGAGAGUAUCUUCAACCUGGCAUAUAACAUUAAGUACAACCAGAAAAAGAUGAAAAAAUUGGAGAAAGAGUACAUGUCACUCAAGAGCAAAGAAUUGGAAGAACAAAUUGAAAUUAGGAGACUAAGAAAUGAGAAUCAACUUCUUCGCCAAAGAAUAGAGAUCCUGGAAAAGGAGAGUGCUGCUUUGGCAGAUAAGCUGAUACAGGGACAAGUUGUUCGAGCACAAGAGCAGGAGGAAAACUUCAUCAUGAUGCGAGAACUGGCGGCUGUCAGGCAGCACAGCUUCGAGACCAUGGCAGCACUAGAGGAUGCACGUGAUGUCAUCAAGACACUGACAAGUGAUGGACAGAAGCCUGUAGCCAGUUCUAGCCAUUCCCUCCUGCUGGAUGAGGCAGUCUCCAAGCUGCAGCAAGAGUUGGCACAAGCAAAACUACAGGAGGCAGAGGCAAAGGCAGAGCUGGCUGAUCUUAAAGACAAAUGCCAGGAGUCACUGCACAAAGAGAACCAGACGUCCAAUGUGUGUGUGGAGGCUCUGCAGGAGGAGCUUGUCCAGGUGAAGCUGAGAGAGGCGGAGGGGCAGCUGUCUCUCAAGGCACUCACACAAACAGUGUUCGACCUGGAGGAGCACUGUCAGAAACAUCUGGCUAGAACAACAGGUAGUGCAGCAAGGUCAUCGAAUCGAAAGGGUGACACCAAGCAGGUGGUGGAAGUACUGCAGGAUGAGCUCAUGUCAGUCAAACUGCGUGAAGCUGAUGUUGUUGCAGCCCUGAAGGAAUCAAGGCUGCGAGUGAUGGAACUAGAGACCAUGAACAACUCUUCUACAAGCCAUCUAAAGCGGGCUGAAGCCAGUGUGGAACAGCUCACAAACAAGCUGGAGGCAGCUGAGAAACAUUCGGCACAGCUGCAGUCUGAGCUGAACCACUGCAGGAAGCAGCUGAGUGAGCUGAAGGCAAAGAGCACAUCUGAAGUGAUGGACAUUCGUCUGAGGGAGGCUGAUAAAAUGGCCACCAUAGCCGAACUGCGUCAGCGUGUUGCCGACCUUGAAAUUCAGCAUCAAGAACGCCUGACAGCUAACCAGCUUGGACAGGACAACAGGCCGGUGUCUGCCCUGAACAUACAGUCCAAGAUUGACAAAAUGGAGAAGGAGGUGAAACGGUUGCGGUCCAUUGCAAAGUUACUGAUCCCUGGUAGUAGAUCUGCUGGCGAUGGUGGUACAGACUCCCCCCCUGGAGAAGUGUACAUCACCAUGGAGCUGCAGGCAGAGGAUGUCAUCAUUCUGGAUGAUGAUAGUGACACAGAUAACACACACCCCGGGACAGCCACACCCACACACACCCAGCAACCAGGGACAGCCACACCCACACACACCCAGCAACAAGACCAUCAACUUUCAACCAUGGCAUCAAGCAUCAUCCAGGAGGCAUCUGCAGAGAACUGUAACAGUGAAAUUGUAACAAAUCAGACUAGCCCCCAAGAAUCUGCAACAUUUAAUGAAAAACAGCGAGACAAUACAACUAAACCCAUGGACAUUAUGGACUCUAAUAGUAACAUGGUGGAUUCUACUGACAGAAGGUAACAAGAAGUUCUAUGGUGCAGUACAAGCUUUGGAACGUGUCUGAAGCAGCCUUUCCCUUUGUCCUGUUUGCUCUUGUUAGCAAGCCUAAGAAUUCCAGAUAAUGUCUGCAAUGGUUGUAAUCUAUGAUUCUAAGGGAUUUUAAUGUGCAGUGUUUAAGGCAAUGAAAAUAUUUUAGGGUCAUUAUAUUCAAAAGUCUAUACGUGUUUGUCCU